AACUAAAAAGUUUAAACUCAGUGUUCUGUGAAUGAUAGUGUCUAGAAAGGGUAUGUCCCUUCAGGAGAGAGGUGCCAAUGUCCAACCUGCCUAAUAACAAUCCAGGGGGGUCACUGCGACGUUCACAGAGGAACACUGCCGGGGCCCAGCCGCAAGACGACGCAGUAGGAGGAAGGUCACAUUUAGGGCAGGCAAAACAUAAGGCACAUAGCCCUCCUGAGAGUAGAAAAUCUAUUUCAAAGACACCCAAAGUGCAGUCUAAUACUACUUCUGAGCAGUCCAAGGGACACUUUUCUAAAAGAGGCUGUAGUUCUUCUGCUGUUCUAAUACCACAAGAAGAUCCGGAGAGAGUCGAUACUUCAGAAAAGCAAAAAACGGGGCAAGUGCCUAAGAAAGACAAUUCUCGAGGAGUUAAGCGCAGUGCUAGUCCAGAUUACAGGAGGACCAAUUCUCCUAGCUCUGCUAAAAAGCCCAAAGCACUUCAACACACUGAAACUUCCUUGGAACCUAGCAAGCCACAUUCUAAGUCUAAGAGAAGACACUUAGACCAAGAGCAGACGAAGUCUACACAAUUGCCAUCGACAAGCAAGGCUCACACCAGGAAGGGUGGAGCUGCUGGUAGCUCCCAAAGUCAGAAAAGGAAAAGGACAGAGAAUCUGUCUUGUAUAAAGAGUGGGUCAGCAGUUGAAUCAACUGGCGCUGAAGAGAAGUCAGCAAAAGUCUCCAAGCUGGCUUCAAAAUCGGUGACCUCAGCCAAAGCUGGGUGUAGCACCAUCACUGAUUCUUCUUCUUCAGCUUCCACCUCCUCCUCCUCUUCUACUGUUGCCUCUGCUUCUUCUACUGUUCCUCAGGGUGCCAGAGUGAAACAGGGAAAGGACCAGAGUAAGGCUAGACGUUCCCGUUCCGCGUCCAGCCCAAGUCCAAGAAGGAGUAGCAGGGACAAAGAACCGAGUAAAACAGGUGGCUCUUCAAAGUUUGACUGGGCUGCUCGAUUCAGCCCAAAAGUCAGUCUCCCUAAAACAAAACUGUCUCUACCAGGCUCUUCCAAGUCGGAGGCAUCAAAACCUGGACCUUCAGGACUGCAGGCUAAGCUAGCAAGUAAGUUGUUCUUUUGUGAAAGAAUAAGCACAUAUGUUUUAAAAUCAAGUCUUCUAGACAAAUAUUUCUGUUGUUUUCAAGCUUCUUGGUAUCUUCUUAGAAUAAUUAACUUUUAGUGUGUUUUGCUGAGUUUAAGUAAAACUGUGACAAACUAUUUAGAGUUAAAGCAGAUUAUUUAAGUGUA